CAGAACACAGGGUAUGUAGUGCAAUGUGCACAUUGAAAAAAGCCUUUUUUUUAAGUCAAUGUUUAAAUAAGAAUAGCAGGCGCUAUGCAGGAAAUCUGUCGAGUUUGUCUCGAUCAGUCAGAGAACUUGGUGAAUAUUUUUGAUGCUAGGCGAAAGACAAGAGUUUCCAUUGCCGAGAUGAUUGCAGAGUGUACCAGCUAUGAUGUUAAGCGUGGCGAUUUAUUACCAGAAAUGAUAUGUCCACUGUGCUUAAUCGAUGUCAAGAAUGCAUAUGGAAUAAGACAGACGAGCGAGAGAAGCCACAAGUUUUACUGCCAAGUUCGGGACGAAGGUAUCGAUCAAGCUCUCCGUUUAUUGCUAGAAGAUGAUAAGUGCAAUGAAGAAGAUUGGAAUGACACUCUAAGCGAUGAUGAUUAUAAUCAGAAAGUCGACAGGAAUGAGGAUUUAUUUGAGUGUCGAAAAUGCCCUAAGAAAUACAAACGUAAGGGAGCGUGGUUGACGCAUAUAAGAACACACAUCAAUGGAGAGUCCUUCCCUUGCCCCUAUUGUGUUCAAAACUUUAAACUCAGGAUUAUUCUGAAGGCGCACAUACGUACCCACAGUUCAGAAAAGCCAUAUGAGUGUUCUCACUGCCAAAAAUCUUUUGCUCAGCAGGCAACACUACAGUCGCAUGAAAGAAUUCAUACUGGCGAACGGCCAUUUAAGUGUUCCCAGUGUUCCAAGGCCUUUAAUAGAUCCACGGACCUUCAGCGGCACAUUCGCACCCACGUAGGAGAAAAACCGCACAAGUGUCCAAAUUGUCCAAAAACAUUUGCCAGGAAAAGCCAUCUACAAUAUCAUCUUCAAUCUUAUACAGGUGAACGACCUCAUAAGUGUCCCCAUUGCAAAAGUGCUUUUAUUUUAAAGCACCACCUCAAUGAACAUAUCCGCAUCCAUUCUGAAAACCGCAAUUUUCGGUGCUCCCAGUGUACCUCGUCCUUUCGUCACAAGACCUGCCUUAAGAAACACAUGCUCCUGCAUAGUACGGAAAGAACCAUCGCAUGCCCACACUGUUCUAAAUCAUACAGGAAUAAAAAAUCUCUUGAAAGACAUCUCCGAAAUAUACACAAAUAAGCAUUAUUAAAAAUAUGUAGUUUAAAAUAAAAAUAUCAGUUUAAUCGAG